CAUUACUAUUUGUGUCAUUAUGAUUAUAUCACUUUACAGCUCUCUGGUUGUUGGUGUGCUAUUAUCAGGGACUAGUAUCCCGGUAGUGAGAUGGGGAGUCACCCUCAUCAUCACCAACUACCGGGUCGCCUUCCUAGCCUUUGCUCUCGUCGCCUCUCUCUCUGCUGUCUGCUCGUGUUUCAUGGACUUUAAGUAUACUACUUGUGACUGGGAAACGCAGUGGUCGGAGCUAAGACGCGUACUACUCAGUCCACACUUUGCUUCAGUUUUCUUCGUAGCCUUCUUCACAGGCGUUUGCAACGGUAGCGUCUGGGGUUUUUUGUUGUGGCACUUCCAGAAUAUUGGUGCCAGUCAGACCUUGAUAGGCGUACUUGAGGCGAUACAAAGUAUUGCAGAGUUGAUACUUGGUUACUUUUCACGGCGAUUCCUAAAUUACUUAGGAUACAUUACUUCUCUAACGCUGGGUUUGGCAGUCUACGCUAUUCGCUUCGUCUGCUAUGCUGCCAUUUCAAAUCCCCUGUGGCUUAUACCUGUUGAGAUUUUACACGGUAUUUCAUUCUUACUGACGUGGACCACCUUGGUGUCGUACCUGGGGACGGCCGUCCCUGCCGAGUGCAUGACCACGGUACAGGGGAUCCUCGGCGCGCUCUAUUUCGGCCUUGGCGUCGGAGCAGGGUCCCUUGUCAGUGGCAUCAUCAUCGACUACUUCAACGCCGUCAAAGCAUUCUAUGGAUUCGCCGUGGCUAGUCUGGCGGUGAUGUUUCUCUUCAUGGUUUCUCAACAGCUCUUUCCGCGUGGGAGCAAAUUCGAUGAUAAAUCAGAGUAUGAUGACAAUGGCAAUGACGAAGAAAAGCAGAAACUCGACCACGUGUACGAUGACGAAGCUGAAGAGGUCAUAACUCCUGCCCCGCCGUAUCCUGUUUCCAUCAAGAAUUUUUUACAACCAAAAAGAACGAAGAAUGAACAACAUUUGCUUAGUCCCGGAGCUGGAACCGGUCCGAUCCCAGAAAUGAUGCCGCACGGUCGAUUCCUUCACCGGAAAAAUUUCGCUGAUGCCCAUAAAGAAGUACAUCAAAUACAGCAACGUCCGCUGAGUUACUGUGGAACAGCGACCAGCGACAGCGAAAUGAGAGUCGAAGUGCAACAGCGGGCAUUACCUGUACACGUGACCAUUUCACUGCAGCAGCUGAAACAGCUGAAAUGUUUACCACCAAAAGAAAAGACGUUACCUAACAAUAAAAUUCCAAAAGAAGAAACUCGGAUAAAUGCCACGUGUCAGCACGAGACAAUAGAAAACAAUUGGUUGAUGCCUCGCCAAAGAACUUACACGAUAAACUGAAAAUAACCCAAUUUCAUUCUCUGAGCCAAUGACAUCGAAUUGUUUAAAUUUGAUUAUUUAUUUAUGCAUGUAGGAAAUUAUGUAAUUGAAAGUUUUCAAUGCUAAGUUCACCCCGACAAAAAGUUGAUCUGAAUGACAAAAAAAAAUCAAACCAGCAUAACAUUGAAACCUCCUUAAUAGAACUAUGGUGCUUCAUUUAUUGCAAUAAAAUGAGUAUGUGAUGUUGAAUCAAUAUCACAAUUUCUUUUUCUAUUUUAUGACGUCACAUCAAAAAGACCUAUGUCGUUUUUUUUUAUCCUGUAAAGUAAAACCCGGUUCAAAUCAUCCGUCUGGGCUACAUAUUAUUGCAAGAUCAUUAAGAAUCAAUCAAGAUGUUCUUUAUUAACAAAUCUAAAAAAUUAAAAAGAAAACGUUUUCAAUCAUUGUUAUGCUUUUUGGUAAUUGUUUUACCUAUUCAUCACCUUCCUUGCUGUAUUUGGGGUGGUCUUGGCCAUUUAUGCCAUCCACACAGUACUUGAAUGUAUAUAUAUGUACGUAUAUGAUAUAGAGUUUCAAUGAAUCUUUCGAGACAAGCUGCAUAGAAAAAAAUCUGGUCUUUCACUAAAUAAAUUAAAAACUCAAAUGUUAAGAGCGUGUAUAGAAGUCUACUGCUUGUACGCCUGUUACGGUCUUAAACUGUUAACUCCCGCUAUAGUGUAACUCGCUCCCUAGCUUAUUGAAAAUGUGUCCAGUGUGUGCGCGCACUGCCUCUAGGUUGUUUGGUACCAUUUGUUUGUACACCAACGCACCGGAUGCACACAUAGGAUCCACUGCAUACAAUGUACACGAUCGCCUAUGACUUGCUCUAAAUGAAAAAUAUGCUGCAGUUUCUUACCAGGUUAUUAUAUGUCUUAAAUCUCUUUUAUUUUGUGAUGAGAAAGAUGUGUUUUUCUAGAACGGACUACAACCCCCCC